CCCAAUGUUUGACCGUUAACUUGGACGGUCAAACGCAUUGACUAAUGGUCAAUGCGCCACGUCACUGCCAACUCAGCAAUUUUGAACAAAAAAAUAAAAAGAAAAAGAAAAAUGCAUUUAGUUUUCGGGACCAGUUGCUUACCCUACCGCCCACGAUUCUGCUCUCCCGCCUCACUCCCUCUCCUUCCUCUUCGCAGUCAAGCCUUCCCUCCCUUCCGCCAGAGCAGCCACCACCAUCUCAACUACCCAAUUUAUGUUCAUCGAUUCUCUUCAUCCAAAUUGCUCCACCUACCACUGGGUCAUUUCAUUCGACGACUGGCUCCACGUCAGUCGCCUGCAAUCUGAUUUGGGGAAUUUUAUGAGCAUCAUCGGGUCCCUGUUCCUCGCCAUCGUUGAAUAUUGCGAGAUUGAGGGCUGCGCCACCCUCCCUGACUUCUCUCUUCCUCGACCGCUAGUCAAAUUGCAGCAACGCCUAGCUGCGAUGAAGCUUCUUCUCGUUUGGGCAGAGUAUCAAGAUCGGAGAUCCAGAUCUGGAUCUGUCACGAAGAAGGCCGACAGAAGGAGACAUGCUUUGCUGGAUUUGAAAGUCCCCGCUUCCUCGUCGCUGUUAGCUGCCGCCGUGAAAAGACCGCGCUCUCGUCGUUGCGCAAGUCUGAGUCAGCGGGGGAGAGUUCUCGGCGGGAAUCUACUGUUGCAUUUGGCUUGUUGGGAGGAUGGGAUUUAGGGUUUGGCUUGGGGAUUUUUUUUUUUGUGGAAGGAUUACGGUGGCGGAGGCAAUCUUAGGAGAACGCCCGCCGCUGCAUUUUCGCCAGACGAGGGAGAAAAGUCGGUGGCGAGAAGGAAGGUGAGAGUGAGGGGAUGCAGGGUUUUCCCGAAAUUCAUUUUUCAUUUUUCAAUUUUUUUUAUUCAAAAUCGAAAAUAGCAAUAGGUGGAAAAUAUACAAUUUUUUAAGGAAAGGGUGCUGACUUGCCAGUGAUGUGGCGCACUGACCGUUAGUCAACGCGUUUGACUAGGGGUGUUCAAAUGCUUACAAUGGUCAUAACCAAACCAAUUAAGCCUAAAUUUCAUU